UUUUUUAUAGAAACAGUUUUGAAGUCAUCGUCAAAGAAGCUGUACAAGCGACAGUUCACUUCCAUUUAUUCAGCACUGGUGGGACUGUGGAACUUUAAUAUUAAAGACGUCUUGCAUACAUAUUGAAGGUCUUCUGGUAGGAAUUGCGCUGCAAGAUUGAAUAAUGGGUGCAGAACGUUCUAGUAAAACGAAUGGGAAGGUAGACAGUUGUGUUUUUGUGCAGUGUGAGUAUGUCUUUGUAUUUUGUAUGUGGUGGGUUCACUUAUUUCAUUGUUUUUCACAGUGUGUUUACCAGGUAUAAUUCUCAAGUGCUUGGAUAGGUGCUUUUCAAGCUUGCUAGACUUGAAAUAGUUGUUCUCAUAUCUGAUACUCCUGUAAGUUUUUGCAUGGAGUCCAUGUACUGUAAACUUGACAAAACGCACUAAAAACUGAAAAUUCCUAAUCUAGUCUGCAGCUGCGCACUUUUAAUGAUGCUGAAGAUGCAAGAAAUGCAGUGAAAGUUAGUUUUCAAUCAACAGAAUGAAUUGGCGUCUGAAAGCGUUAAUUUGCUAGGCGUUCAAAUGAAAGUUUAUAAUCGGUCCAUUUGAGACUUAUGAAGGCUGUUGAAUGAAAUGGUGAGAGCUGCUAUUACUUGACAUCAAGUUAGAAGUUUACUGUAUUCUUUUUCUUGCUUGCUGCACAUUUAUUUUCUAUUGAAUGAAGUUUGUUUUCAUUUUUAUUAAUCAGGCUUUCCUUUACUUAUGUGCAUUUCCUUUUAUUGCAGGUGCCCAAGGUAUGUUUGUUGCCGAGUGUGAGGUUGCCGUUUCGAAUCUUGGACAUGGUAGCUGCAUAUUGACAGAGCCAAGUGAAAAAGCACUGACACCCUGUGUUUGACGCUCUUUGGCCACAGUUGCCCUUGCGCCAUAAAAAUCUACUACUAACGAAAAAGCACUGAUAUACUUUGAUUUAGAUGCAUGAUAAGGGGCUUCAGGAGGCCAGAACUAGUUUAGAACCUGCCACCCAAAGUGUCCUUUGUAGCCCAUUAUGCAACUUCAGGAUGGCAAACCUCAUCAGUAAUAUAGUAUGCUGGUGUAGGAACUAAGCACCAUUAAAGUAUUAUGGCCUGGCCUCCAAAGUGUAGAAGAAGAUCUAAAGCAUUGAAAUUCCUCUUGGUUUGGUAUUCUUGAUUUCUUUCUUAGUAUAUGUGCCAUUUUAUAGGAUGCUUAGUUAACCGUAUUGAGAAAACUUAGAAGUGGUUCUUGUUGUUUUGGUUCCUCAGUGUCGACAUCUUUUGAUCUAUGGUGAAGAGGUUCUUCAAUGUGCCUUCUAUUAUGUGCUGUUUUUGAGUGAUUAGGUCUCGCGCCUUAUCACUGUUUUAGUGGAGUCACUUUUUGAGACCUGCUGAAGCUUGCUGAGUGCACAGACGCAUGGCAUUUCUGUUGUAUGUGUAUUUUGUGUAUUUGUCUAAGUAUUUGUUUGUGUAUUUGUCUAAGUGUAUUUUAUCUUUUCAUGGUCUUGACGGGCAUUUUUAAAGUAACCUCUGCAUUGUUCUGCAUGGAUGCUGGUUACAUAAACCUUACAGUUCUUGUAAAUAUAGUGGAUAAAGCACUGUUAGAAUCACAAGCGCAGAAACAAGUGUAAAUACCUUGUUUUAUAGAUGCAUGUUUGCUCUUUGAAAUAAUUUGAAUUACAUUCUCAAUAGGCUGUUCUAUUUCUGAAUGGUAACAUCUUGUCGGUGUGCUGCAUAUUCAUUAGACCAAGUUGUCAUUGUUUUAUAAAUGUAGAAGUUUGUUGCAUGAACAUUGCAAAAUUGGCAUAGAUUUCAAUAAAAUAUUUCCAGUGCAAGUGAACAAUCUAGCGUUAGUGUUGCAAGUGUUCUUGAGUCACAGUAAAUAUAAAAAAUAAUUGUGAGCUUUUUUGCACAUUUUAACUAGAUGUUUACUCCUUGUCGCUUCCCACCCUGCCUUUUGCAUAUCAUUUCUCUCUCUUUUUAAUGUAUGUGCUUUCUGAAAAUGAUGCUGAGUAAUCAUGUUUUGUAAUCAACAUGUCAUCAGGUUUAAAGCUGAGUGGUCACUUUAUCCACAUGUGAUUUCCUGCCACCCAUUGAAGCAGUCACUGCCACAACCGACCUAGGAAGCAUGGUGUUCUGACAGUUCCUUUCUUGCGUUUAGGUUAUCUAUGCACUGAGUGCCUGAAAUGCCCGAAAUACCAUUGGUGAGGUUGAAUUUUGCAUGGGCAGUUAAGCCAUAGGAAUCCUGGUUUUUGUACACUCUUCCUCAGCAUUUUUUAAAUUGCUAGAGCGCCCGUGUGCUUGCGUUGUAGUGCACGUUAAAGAACCCUUGGUGGUCAUAAUUAAUCCGGAGCCCUCCACUACGGCGUGCCUCAUAAUCAGAACUGGUUUUGGCACAUAAAACCACAGAAAGAAGAAGAAGAGCACUGUUGUGUUUCAUUUCAUGUGGCUUGUGGCACUUUCAAAUUUCCAGCUUGUUUGUCGUUUGCGUAAAGAGUUUUGGUGUUGUAGUGCUUGCAAACUAGGUUUUCAAAGUGAUAUUUAUGGUUUGCUGUAUGUUUCACGCAGUCAAGACUGAACCUGAAAACAGUGUGGACAUGAACGAACAAUACCAGGACAUGUUCGAGGUUGACAGCAUGGAGGUUGAGCUUUCUGACAGUUCCAGAAGUGUGAAAGCGGAGCCAGGACCACAGGUUCUGCAUGUAGAGCAAGCUCCCCCUGUUAAGACUGAGCCUUCCAAGACGGGCCCUUCUGAGACUGCUAGUUCUCAGAACGUGGUAGCUGCUGUGACUGGAUGGUACAGGAACAUGGUAGUGGAUAGUGAACUCGAUACGACCAUGGAGGAGGAUAGUCCCGUCGAACCCACUCCUGCGCCACCUCCACCGAGUAAGCGUGGCCCCAAACGUGGCAGAAGGAGUGCAAAGUUCAGCUGCAAUUUGUGUCCUUUUGUCACAAAAAAGAAAGCAGGAAUGGCGCUUCACCUGAAGAAGCACAAGCGGGCUGCAUCCUUACGACAAGCUGCACCAAGUCAGACAAAGGAAAGAAACGAGAGUGAGAAUGAUUCCACUGACGGUGAAAUGGCAAGCAAAGAUGUUGAUGCCAGUCCAUCUGCUACAGCCACUCCAGAGAAGACAUUACAGAAAAGCAACGGCCGACAUACAUCUUCUACAGCCACUCCAAAGAAGACAUUACAAAAAAGAAACGGCCAACGUCCAUCUGCUGCAGCCACUCCAGAGAAGAUAUUAGGAAAAAGCAACAGUCAACGUGCAGCUGCUAUAGCCACUCCAGAGAAGACAUCAGAAAAAAGCAACAACCAACGUGACUCGAGUGAAAGCAGAAGAGUUGUAGACUUCGAACCAGUGAAGAAACUGCACCAUGUCAGAGCCAUGAAGAAAGCAGUGAGUGAUGACGACACUGACUCACUAACGUCUGCCUCUGACAGCAGUAAAUCACUGCACAAAGACAAGGGUAGGAAGUCGCCUCAGCCUGCACCACGCAGUUACAAGUCACGUGUGAGUCUCGCACACUUUCCUGCCAUCAAAGAGCCGCUCCAACUGAGGUGCCACGUGUGCCCAUUUACGACCAAGUACCAGGCAACACUUUUUCUUCACAUCAAAGGGCAUGCAGACAAGGACAAAAAGCGUCUCACUUGCCAGCUCUGCUCCUACACAACCAAAUCCAAGAACCGCCUGGUUGCGCACGUCAGGUUACACGCAGGCGAAGGGCCUUACAAGUGUACCGAGUGCCCACAUGCAUAUACAGACAGGAGCAGUCUUGUUGCUCAUCUCCGCGUACACACUGGUGAAAGACUAUUUAAGUGCAAUAUCUGCGCUCGCGAAUUCAAUGAGAAGGCACGGCUCAGACGGCAUGUGCAAGGCAAGCACGCUGGUUCUGAGCGAGUACAAACCACCUGAAUUGUGAAUUUUUAGACCAUUUAAUUUUUUUUAUGAUGUUACUAUAGUCGUUUCGUCUUAUUGCGCUGAUAUUGUGCUCCAUUUUGUUACAUAUAUAUAUGCUCCAUUAUAUGUACAUUAUUGUGCUCCAGUAUAGUGAGUUCCAUUUCUCUGAAGCUAUUGUGCAACUUGCUAAAUUUGCUCUCGCUGUCUACAAAGCUUUCAGUUUUCCUCUGCACUUCAAUCUCCAUUUGCUACGCUGCAAGUUAUUGACGCAUGACUGAAUCAUGUGUCAAUAAGCCAAGAAUAAAUUAAAGACCAAGCCUGCUAGGAAAUGGCUGACAAAAUUAAACAGUUCCUGAAGCAGCCAAGUGGCAGGCCAUGCUUCUCAAAAAGUGGAAAACAAAGUAUUGCUAUUCUGUAACUACAUAUUGUUAAUGCUAAAUUUGUUAUUUUUAAUGUGACAUUGUCAUGCCGUUCUUUGUCUGCAAAAUUUAUAUGUAAUUGAGAGUUCGAUGGAAGCUCAUCUAGUCGGGAUGAGACAUGACAGACAAAGGUGUACACCGAUGAAGUAAAAGUCAACAAAUAAUAGCCCAUUGUAAACAAAUCUGUAUAAAAGCUCAAAUGUUUUGCGUUUUAAAGUUUUAUGUUUUAUUUGUUCAGUAUAUGUCUUUCUUUGGUAUAAAAUUUAUAUGUGUACAUUUAUCCAUGUUAGUACUUUUGAUCUUUCGUCCAUCACCUUAUGGCAUCAAACUUCAUCCAUAUGCUGUGUAUGCUGUUUUCUGUGCACAAGUUGCUGUUUACGCUGGCUUUUCUUGGGCCUCGGGUACCCUAGGCCUUUUGUAUGAGCUUCAAGUGCCGUCCAUAUCCUCAAGCUAUCUUUGGUCAUUUUUUGCCCUAGUGUGAAAAUAAAAUUUUUUAAAUCAAUUGAUUGAUUGAAAUUUUAAUGCACACUGACGUGCUUGUUUCAUCCAGCAAAUCCAUGCUAUGAUGGCAGAAAAUUUUACUAAAGCAGAGUGCUUGAUCAAUAAUCACAAAUGCAUCUAUCUCGCAAACUUAUGAGAGCUUCAGGAAGUUUACUUGUUUAUUUGAAAUGUUAACGUAAAGGGAAAAUAAAAUGGAGGAAAUAGAUUACUUACAUCUCCGCAAUAUGCUUGCAGUACUCUACCUACUCGGCUACCGUGGUGCCACUUCAGUGUUUGUGUCAAGAUGUCUAACCGAACUUUUUUCUGGUUGGGUUCAGGUUCAUGACUUUCUAGCAGGUUUAGCUCUAGAGUGAAAAUUGUAGAGGUUUGAACUGGUUCAUUCCAUUUGAAGCGGGGGUGAAGGAAAAAAUUAGAUUGUUCUGCUUUUGGUUUCCAGAAAAAUGCGCAGUACAUUUGGAGAGUUAAGUUUUGUUGGGUUCAUAAUGCAAAAAAGGUAAGGCGUGUAGACAGGGACACAAGAGAAGUGGACAACCACGAAUGCUGUGUUGCCCACUGCGUUCGUGUGUGUAUGUGUCAAACUAUUUUUCUGCAUACCUGGGUC